CUCGUUCAUGGAAACAAAAAAGAAGCACGAUUUUAGAUAUCCCACGAUUUAUGAAAUCAGUUCCUCCGUGUACUACAGGAAGCUAGCAAGCACAUCAAGAACCUCAGAAACCCUAAGCAAAACCCAGAUCAAGGUAGAAGAAUAGUGUUAAUAACUACUGUAUAAAGGAAAAAUGGGAGAAUCGGGGGAAAAAGCGGCAGAGAUUUCACUGAAAGAUCAGGGAAAUGAGUUUUUCAAAGGGGGGAAUUAUCUCAAAGCUGCUGCUUUGUAUACUCAGGCUAUUAAGCAGGACCCCUCUAAUCCCACUCUUUACAGCAAUCGUGCUGCAGCAUUUCUGCACUUGGUAAAACUUAACAAAGCACUUGCUGAUGCUGAGACAACUAUCAGUUUGAAACCAGAUUGGGAAAAGGGUUAUUUCAGGAAAGGAUGCGUCUUAGAAGCUAUGGAACGAUAUGAAGAUGCCUUAGCUGCUUUUGAAGUUGCCUUGAAGUACAACUCUCAGAGUUCUGAGGUGUCAAAGAAGAUCAAGAGGCUCACACAGUUGGCAAGAGAUAAAAAACGUGCGCAAGAAGUGGAAACUAUGAGAUCAAAUGUGGACAUGUCAAAACAUUUGGAUUCCGUGAAAAGUGAACUAUCUGUGAAGCACAGAGCUGAAGACAAUUGGAAGGAGAUUUUCUCUUUUCUUGUUGAAACAAUGGAGAAUGCUGUAAGAUCAUGGCAUGAGAAGUCUACUGUGGAUCCUAGAGUUUAUUUCCUACUUCACAAGGAUAAAACCGAUACUGAAAAAUAUGCCCCAGUGGUUAAUAUUGAUAAGGCAUUUGAAUCACCCCAUACACACGGCAAUUGUUUUUCAUUCCUCAGGCAGUAUGCUGAAGAGUCUUUCUCUAGAGCCGCUUGCCUAGUGGCACCAAAAAGUUUAAUAUCCUAUCCCCAGGUGUGGAAAGGCCAAGGAUCAAGAAAAUGGAAGCACGGACAGAAUGAUGGUUUCUUUUUCCAAUUUGAAUCACCUUCAUUGCGGAAAAUAUGGUUCAUUCCCAGUUCUACCGAGAAGGGCCAAACCUUGUGCAGGGAUCCUGUUUCAUUGGAUAUUGGUGUGCAUGAAAUUCUGCCUCGUGUAUUCAAGCAGGGAUAGCUAUAUACAUGAACCAUGUAAUUUAUCCUGGAUGAAGUCUCAGAGGACACAGGUAAUCAGAUCAUGGAGCUGUUCUAUCAGAAGUAGAAUAGACAUGAUGCGGAGUGAUGGUGAUCCUGUAUGUCAAUGUCCAGCUUAAGAAUCGUCGAGAUUCAGGUUCUUCUUAGAAAUAGUUAAAAUUUUCUGGAUCCUCUGGGAGUGGCUGCGGUUAAUGAAUGCUCUAAUUGUAGGAAAACAAAUUUCAUUUGUGGCAGUUUUGUUGCUUGUGUGAUAUGAAUUUGUCUUUUUUGGUAGGAAAGGUUGGAAUUCCUUUCUGGGUUUGCUUAUGAAAUUACUUUUUCCUAUUUUUGAUUCUCUUGAUUUACAGGCCAACAUGUUAUAGACAUAACGAAAGAUUUGGUGUAACAGUUCAUUUGUCUUGAAA